UUGAUUCAAAACUUGGAAAUGCCUCGCUAUUAAGUACUUAUAAUUCCGCAGAUUGCACUGCCGAUCCGAUCACUGUUUCGCUAUGUUUCCCUCCAAGUUGUGCUACCCUUUGCCUGUAAAUGACCAUGAUUGAAACCGCCCCCAGCAGCGCCCCGGCGAAACUUCCUUUAACCUCAAUUCGCAUUCACAUAGACGCACACCAGCAACUGGGAAAACUACCCGGUACGGAAUGUGUGGUGGUCGCCUUUGUUGUGGACGCGUCGUCCAGUCGAGCGGUCAGUUGGUCUGCAACCCUUGAGUCGUCAGGUGGACGGCUCGUCUCCUCGGGUCGCGUUUCGAAUUUCUAGUGGAAGCCUAUCGAGGGGUCCGGGCGGGGACUGUCAGGAGCCAAGUUUCCGCUCGAGCAUAAUCGCGUGUGUUUUUAAAUUCCAAGUGAAGUGUCUGCCUCUUUGUUAUCCGUCUGACGCCGGCACAGCGCCAUGUUCAACACCAGUGCCCAGAAUUGGUUCGGCAUGGGCCAGACAUCGGUGGCUCCGGCCGGAGGUGUUGCCCAGUUGCUCAACAACAACUCGAAUCUGUACAACCAGCCGCAGCAGACGCCACAUCCCUUCAUGCGCCAGCGAUCGUUGACCAGCUCCAAUCCCGCCCUGGAGCGCUCAAACGCCAUUGCCGUGCGACCCCAGUCGCCUCCCAAUGUCCAGGUGGAGUACGAGGUGGCGGUCCCCUUCGUAUCCGCCUAUCGGCACACCCCGUAUCACUCACUCUGGGAUCUGAACCAGUGCUCGUCCACGCCCCCCACAAGCCUUUCGCACAUGGCUCGGAUGAUGGACUCCCUUAUCCUGGACUCGCUGUCCCCGUUUGGCUACACCAAGAUCACCACCACCAGUAGGCCCUCUCGGAAUGCCAGUUUGAAGAAGGGCUCGGAUGGCGGGCAUUCCUCCACAGCGGAGCGCCACCGCCCUAUUAACAACUUGGGCUCGAAUGCACCCGGGGGACUGGGCAUUGGCGGGAGCGUUCCGCUGCGCAGCAAGCAGCGACUGCCCACCCAAGUCUCCGCCGCAGAAGUGGCCCCUCAGCCGCGAGCCAGCCAAACCCAGGCUCAGAUGCCGUUUCCAUCGCAGCAGCAGGACAACCGGUGGGUGUCCUCCUUGCGGCGGCGCGAUCCCGAGCUCCAGCCCACUCUGCCCUCCAUCAGCAGCAACGUGAACAGCAGCAGCAGUCUGGGACAGAGCCACCACGGGAGUGCCGGGAACGUGGGAUUGGCCGGUGCAGGAGCACCAACUCCGGCCACCAGCAUGGGCGCCAUGAGGAUGGGGCGACCCGCAAGGGCAUCCGCCAUGACGGCCGCCUUGAGGAAGAGCCGAUCUGUGGAGCGCCUGCGGGCAAGAAAGCUUAGCACCAACACCCAGCUGACUCUGAAGCACAAGCCGGUGAAGAAGAACUCACUGGACGAGAACUCGAACUCGGACGACCAGGACGCCACCACAUCCCUGGAGGACAACUCGCACGCCCAGUCCCUAUCCACCAGCCACAACACGCCCAAGUGCUCGCCCAAGACCAAGGCCAAGCACUUCUCGCCCCUGGGCUACGAGGCUCAUCUGGUGGACACCCUCGAGAAGGACAUCCUGCAGCGGCACCCCUGCAUCAAGUGGCAAGAUGUGGCCGGUUUAAAUGAGGCCAAGACAAUACUGCAGGAAGCGGUUGUGCUGCCGGUCAUUAUGCCAGAGUUCUUUAAGGGAAUCCGCCGGCCGUGGCGUGGAGUUUUGAUGGUGGGUCCACCGGGAACGGGCAAAACGAUGCUGGCCAAGGCAGUGGCCACCGAAUGCGGCACCACCUUCUUCAACGUUUCCUCCUCUACCCUGACCUCCAAGUACCGGGGCGAGAGCGAGAAGUUGGUGCGGCUCCUGUUCGAGAUGGCUCGCUUCUAUGCACCCAGCACGAUCUUCAUCGACGAGAUCGACGCCCUCUGCGCCUCCAGAGGCAGCGACUCGGAGCACGAGGCCAGCCGCCGGUUCAAGGCCGAGCUGCUCAUCCAGAUGGAUGGUCUCAAUGCGACCAUGCCGGAGGAAAAGGUGAUCAUGGUACUGGCGGCCACCAAUCACCCGUGGGACAUCGAUGAGGCCUUCAGAAGGCGCUUCGAGAAGCGUAUCUAUAUUCCACUCCCAAACGAGGACACUCGGUCGGCGCUGCUAAAGCUCUGCCUGAAGGACGUCUGCCUGACCCCCAGCCUGAACACAGCAAUGAUCGGCGACGAGCUCCAGGGCUACUCGGGCUCCGAUAUCAGCAACGUGUGCCGCGACGCCUCCAUGAUGGCCAUGAGGCGCCUCAUCUGCGGCCGCACUCCCGAUCAGAUCAAGCAGAUCCGCCGCGAGGAGGUAGACCAGCCAAUUACUUUGCAGGACUUCCAGGACGCCCGGCAGCGCACCAAGAAGUCAGUGUCCGCCGACGACGUGGCCCGCUUCGAGAAGUGGAUGGAAGAGUACGGGUCCUGCUAGUUGUACGGGCUGCUGGCCCAGCACCUUUGAUGAUUGUAUCCCAUGCGUACUUCCAAGUCUCAAUUGCAAUACUUUUCAGUCUGUAUAAAUCGUACUCGCUAGCCGUAAUUUUUUGUGUUUUUAUACGCUUAAUUGCUCAAGUGCCCCACGCCCAGCAUUGCCCCUCUAUGUACGUGCACACGGUAAUCUGAUAUCUUAUAAAUACAUGGUAUAUACAAUGGAUCCACAUAUGUAAUUUUUAAUAUUUAUUCAAAAGAAUCCUACUAUAGGUAUAUAGCAAUAUAAUGUAUUUUGUAAUCAACAUAUUUGAAAACGGAAAAACGAAAUAAAUUACUCAACACCCCUUGGAUCCGCAGA